AUGGACAACUAUCAGAGAAUCGAAAAGGUUGGCGAAGGUACAUACGGUGUCGUAUACAAGGCAAAGGACUUGACACCAGGCGCCAACGGCCGUAUCGUCGCACUCAAAAAGAUCCGCCUCGAAGCUGAAGACGAGGGCGUCCCUUCCACAGCCAUUCGCGAAAUCUCGCUGCUCAAGGAGCUUCGCGAUGACAACAUUGUCAGAUUGUUCGACAUCGUUCAUCAGGAGAGCAAGCUCUACCUCGUAUUCGAGUUUCUAGACCUCGAUCUGCGCAAAUACAUGGACAACGUCUCACGGAACCGUGGAGGCGACGGUAUGGGUCCCGAGAUUGUCCGCAAAUUCACCUAUCAGCUCAUCCGCGGUCUCUACUAUUGCCACGCGCACCGCAUCCUUCAUCGCGACUUGAAGCCUCAGAACUUGCUCAUCGACAAAGAGGGCAACCUCAAACUGGCCGACUUUGGUCUCGCACGCGCAUUCGGCAUUCCUCUGCGCACAUACACACACGAAGUGGUCACGCUCUGGUACCGAGCACCCGAAGUCUUGCUCGGCUCGCGACACUACAGCACCGCCAUCGACAUGUGGUCUGUAGGCUGCAUCUUUGCCGAGAUGGCCAUGCGACAUCCCCUGUUCCCGGGCGAUUCCGAAAUCGACGAGAUCUUCAAGAUCUUCCGCACGCUGGGAACUCCGACCGAUGAUGUUUGGCCAGGCGUACAGCAACUGCCGGACUACAAGGACAGCUUCCCCAAGUGGACUGGUCGACCGCUGCGUGACGCCGUCAAGGGGCUCGACGAAGCAGGAUUGGAUCUGCUCGAGGGCAUGCUCGUAUACGACCCGGCAGGAAGGACAUCGGCGAAACGCAGUCUCGUGCAUCCUUACUUCCGACAGCUCCUGGCAUAG